CUAUGCAAGUCUUCGAGGAAAGUAAGACGAAGUUUCUCCUCUCUCUUUCUCUCUCUCUCUCUCUCUCUCUCUCUCUCUCAAUCUAGGUAUUGCUGAUUUACGAAUCUUCGUCUCUUUUCCCUAUCAUCUCCAUGGCGGCUUCUUCUUCUGGCAGCCGUAGAUACGACGUUUUCCCAAGCUUCAGUGGGGAAGAUGUCCGCAAGACGUUCCUCAGCCAUCUUCGUAAGGAACUCGACCGCAAAUCAAUUAUCACAUUCAUGGAUCACGGGAUCGAGAGAAGCUGCCAAAUCGCCCCUGAGCUUUUAAAAGCGAUUAGAGAAGCGAGGAUCUCAGUCGUCAUCUUCUCUAAGAACUAUGCUUCUUCCACGUGGUGCUUGAAUGAAUUGGUUGAGAUCCACAAGUGUUACAAGGAGUCGGGUCAAAUGGUGAUUCCAGUUUUCUACGACGUUGAUCCUUCGCAAGUUAGAAAACAGACGGGUGAAUUUGGUAAGGCCUUUGAAGAGACAUGCAAAGACAAAACAGAAGAUGUGAAACAAGGAUGGAUGCGAGUUCUGUCAGAGAUAGCAAGUAUAGCCGGAGAGCAUCUUCAGAACGGGAGUGACGAAGCAAGCAUGAUUGAAAAAAUCUCCAAUGAUGUUUCUAAUAAACUAGUUACAACAUCUAAUGAUUUUGGCGACUUUGUUGGGAUUGAAGCUCAUUUAGAGGCAAUGAAUUCAAUGUUGUGCUUGGAAUCCAAGGAAGCUAGAAUGGUUGGGAUUGUCGGAACAUCAGGGAUUGGUAAGAGUACCAUUGGAAGAUUUCUAUACAGUCAACUAUCUAGCCAAUUCUCCCAUUACGCUUUCGGAACUUAUAAAAGCACCGAGCAGGACUUACUGGGCAUGAAGUUGAGUUGGGAAAAAAAUCUUCUCUCCGAAAUCUUAGGUCAAAAGGACAUAGAGAUAAAGAAUUUAGGUGAGGUGAAGCAAAGGUUAAAGCACAAGAAAGUUCUUAUCGUUCUUGAUGAUGUGGAUGAUCUAGAGUUACUUAAGACCUUGGUGGGUGAAACUGAAUGGUUUGGACCUGGAAGCAGAAUUAUUGUGAUCACUCAAGAUAGGCAACUUCUCAAGGCUCAUAAGAUUGACCUUGUAUACGACGUGAAACUGCCAUCUGAAGGUCUUGCUCUUAAGAUGUUAUGCCGAUUUGCUUUUGGACAAAACUCUCCACCUGAUGAAUUCAAGAAACUAGCAUUUGAAGUUGCCGAGCUUGCCGGAAACCUUCCCUUGGGUCUCAGUGUCUUGGGUUCGUCUUUAAAAGAAAGGGGAAAAGAUGAGUGGAUGGAGAUGAUGCCUAGGCUCAGGAAUGAUUCAGAUGAUAAAUUUGAGAAAACACUAAGAGUCGGCUAUGAUAGGUUAAAUAAAAAAGAUCAAGAGUUGUUUCUGUCCAUUGCAUGUUUUUUCAAUGGUUUUAGAGUCAGUAACGUUGAAGAUUUACUUGAAGAUAGUGUUGGGCUAUAGAGAUGCACAAUUUGCUAGAGAUGCACAAUUUGCUAGAGAAGUUGGGUAUAGAAAUUGUUCGUGUAGAGUCCAUAGGUAAUCCUGGAAAAUGUCGAUUUCUCAACAACGCCGAGGAAAUUCUAGACGUAUUUACCGAUAAAACCGGCACGGAAACUGUUAGGCCUGGGCGUUCAGAUAUCUGAUCGGAUUCGGUUCGGAUAUUUUGGAUUUCGGAUUUUUUGGAUAUUGGCUCUAACAUCCAUUAGGAUAUUUCAAAAAAUUCGGAUCGGUUUCGGUUCGGAUAUUCAAAUUUUGGAUCGGUUCA